AUAGGACGGUUGGAACUGUUUGGAGGAAAGGGAAGUAGUAGAGGAAGAAGUCAACUACGUUCAGCAGAAGAUCGAAAUGGCCGCGCCAGCAGAGAGGAUGGAGGUUUCUCAGGGGGAGAGUUCUGUCAAACCUGCAGCAGAGGAUAUGACGUCAAAGGACUACUACUUUGACUCUUAUGCCCACUUUGGAAUUCACGAGGAGAUGCUGAAAGACGAGGUUCGCACUUUGACUUACCGCAACUCCAUGUUUCACAACAAGCACUUGUUCAAGGACAAGGUGGUUCUGGAUGUUGGCAGUGGAACGGGCAUCCUCUGCAUGUUUGCAGCCAAAGCCGGAGCCAAGAAAGUUAUUGGGAUAGAGUGCAGUAGCAUUUCAGACUAUGCUGUGAAAAUUGUGAAGGCCAACAAUCUGGAUGAUGUUGUGACCAUCAUUAAGGGGAAGGUGGAGGAAGUGGAGCUGCCUGUGGAAGGAGUUGAUAUCAUCAUCUCGGAGUGGAUGGGAUACUGCCUCUUUUACGAGUCCAUGCUCAAUACAGUCAUUUAUGCCAGAGACAAAUGGCUGAAACCAGACGGCCUGAUUUUUCCGGAUAGAGCCACACUGUAUGUCACUGCUAUUGAAGACAGGCAGUACAAGGAUUACAAAAUCCACUGGUGGGAGAAUGUUUACGGUUUUGACAUGUCCUGCAUCAAGGAGGUGGCAAUAAAGGAACCCCUGGUGGACGUGGUGGACCCCAAGCAGCUGGUUACCAAUUCUUGUCUUAUCAGGGAGGUGGACAUUUACACAGUGAAGGCGGAGGACCUGACCUUCACCUCACCGUUCUGCCUGCAAGUGAAGAGGAACGACUACAUCCACGCUCUGGUCACCUACUUCAACAUAGAGUUCACUCGCUGCCACAAGAGGAUUGGCUUCUCCACCAGCCCAGAGUCUCCUUACACCCACUGGAAGCAGACAGUUUUUUACCUGGACGACUAUCUGACCGUAAAGACUGGAGAAGAAAUCUUCGGCACCUUAAGCAUGAAGCCAAACGUCAAGAACAAUAGGGACCUGGACUUUGCCGUCGAUGUAGACUUCAGGGGUCAGCUGUGUGAGAUGUCAAAGACUUUGGAGUACAAGAUGCGUUAAGGAAGCCCUUCCCCCCCCCCGUCUUUGUGUUAGUCUUUAUUAGCAGUCACAGUAUACAGGUUCACUGGGAGGAUGUUCUCUAGUAAAAGCUCCCGUGCAGCAACCUUUUAAAGACAUAAUUUUUUUUGUCUUUUUUUCAUAGUAUUAUACAACAUUUCCACAUCUUUACGUUUCAAAAAAAUUGAUGUGUUGAUUCCUUGUGCAGUAGUCACUCUCAGCUUGGUACCUGUCCUCAGCAUCCUACUGGGUUCUGCUUCCAGGUCUUGUAGUACAAACAGCCCAAUUGUUAAUGACGCGUUCCUCAGCAGCCUACAGACCUGUUACAGCGAGACGUUGCCGUCCAAAAGCAAAUGGGUUGAAAGCAAGGCCAAAAGAAAGUUUUUCUUUCUCUUUUUUUGUAUUGUUUUUGGCUGCUGCUCUUUUUAACAAAUAAAGUGAAUAAACUGCUGGUUUUUUUCCCUCACUCUGUGUUCACGACCUUCUAAAAGAUUCCCAACCUUUCAUGAUAGAGGUGCAUCAAUCAGACUUUUUCUGGUCUGUGCAGAUUUCUAAUUUCCUGACAUCUGCCCCGACAGUCAGAUAUGGACCAAUUUUAAUUUUUUCUAAUGACUGUGAGACAAAAGAGAGGGACAAUGUGCUGCAGAUUCUUUAGUGGAUUAUUUUGAAUGUAACAGAUUGAGGAUAUAAAGAGGUACAUAUGGUGGUGUGUUGGGGUUGUCAGGGGAGUAAAUUUCCACCAAAAACGUCGGCAAUUUACAGACUGAUCUCAGAAAUUUUCUAGAAGAAACGAGAAAAUUUCUGAGUUCCAAAAAACUCAACUUCUGUAGUUUUUGUCUGUAAUUUCUGACAUCAUCCUCAGAAAUGUCCUAAAAUAAACUUUGUAAUUUCUGCUUCAAAAGUAAAUUUUCCAUUUUUGAAACUCAGAUGUCAAGUCAAAUGUUUUCAACUGCUGAGACGUCUCUACGUACAAUGUCUCCACUCUGCCAUCACGGUCACAUGUAUCUAACCUUAAUCUGAUUACCUAAAGCCAUUAAUAGUCAUUGUUGGAUGCAUUUCUAGUCCAGAAGUGCAUCAUUUAUACUCAUCGGCAAACGACAAAAUCACAUCGAACUUCCAAAACAUACAUUAAUUUUAUGUACAAAAUAUAUUGGCUUUAUUAUCUGAAUAUUAUUUAUGCAGAGCAGCCUAUCAGUGAUGUUAAGAGCCUGUGAUUGGUUGAUGAAUCUACCAGUAAUGUUGUAGGUUUUCAGUAUUGCUAUGGGUUAAUGAUGCAUGUUGGAGAAUUUCAGUCACACCCUGCUUCACUCCAGGCUCUAAACUUUGUUUCAUGUCUGGAAGCUUUUAAACUUCCAUGAUAUUCCCAAUAUCAGGGAAUGUCUACUGUCUUUUAUUGAUAUUGGAACAGAAACACCUUAUUGAGAAAAGUAAAGGAUGACCGAGUGGACCAUCAUGAUCAAGAACAGGUGCCCAGUUCAAAUGAAAACAUACCAGCCAAUGGUUCGAUUCAUCUUAUAGGAGUUGAUUAUGUUGUUGGCCACCAUUUCAGAACUUGGCAGCAUGAGUUCUGUAAUCCCUGACAUCAUCCUCAAAUACUUUGGUCUGUUAGGUUUGGUGUAACUUAAUUUCAAUAAACCUCAUUUGCAAAAUCA